GCUGAAACAACAGCUAUGACUCAGUUGCCAGCGAACGCCGCUCGAAUUGAUUUAGUCCCGGUUCAGAUUUAGCACAUAAUCAUGUUCAAUUUGAUCCACUGCGCUGCUUAGAGAUAAAAGGGUUGGGAAAAAAAAGAGAACGAGAUGUAGCGUGUGUCAGUCUUUGCGGUGAUGUCAUUGCCAGGAGCGAUGGAACAGCGAGCGCCGUGACUCUGCUCAGCGCUGGGUGUGCGGGGACAGACCGGGAGCAACUCCGGGAACUGCAGAGACCUCGUGUCAGAGCCUCGCAGAGAUCCAAACCGAAUUUUGGACUGUUCAAUUGCAAUACUGAAGAUUUUCUUUUAUUGUUUCCUUUUCUUUCCCAUCGUUUGUUCCGCUGAGGUUGCCUAACUCUGUGUGCAGAGGGGGGGAUGCCAGCCCGGAGCAUGGACUGUGAUGUCUCCAUGCUGGUUGCCUGUGGGGUUGACGUGGAGAUUUUUGCCAACCAAGAGGUUAAGGAAAAAUUUGAAGGCCUGUUCCGUGCCUAUGAUGACUGCGUGACAUUCCAGUUGUUUAAAAGCUUCAGGCGUGUGCGGAUAAAUUUCAGUAGUCCCAAGUCAGCUGCUCGUGCCAGAAUAGAGCUGCACGAAACACAGUUCAGAGGGAAGAAGUUAAAGUUGUAUUUUGCACAGAUUCAGACCUCUGAGACAGACGGAGACAAGCUUCAUUUGGCACCGCCACAGCCCGCAAAACAGUUUCUCAUCUCGCCUCCAGCCUCCCCACCUGUGGGGUGGCAACCAAUAGACGAUGCAACACCUGUCAUCAACUACGACCUCCUCUACGCAGUUUCUAAGCUGGGACCAGGAGAGAAAUACGAGCUGCAUGCAGGAACGGAGUCCACUCCCAGUGUGGUAGUGCACGUCUGCGACAGCGACAUGGAAGAAGACGAGGACCCAAAGAAUUCUCCAAAGCCAAAAAUCAUUCAAACUCGGCGCCCUGGUCUGCCACCUCCUGUAUCUCACUGAGCCUCUCCAGCAGAAGCAGCACUUCUCUCCUCCAGCACAGCUCUUGUUUUGUUUUGGGUUUCUUUUGUUUGCUUUGUUUUGUUGAAAGACAUCCAUCGCCUUUUGAGUACCAGGACAUUAAGCUCAUUAAAAUCCCCUCACAGUAAUCAAGCCUAUGUAAUAAAAGGGCUAGGAAAAAAAAAGAUCUUUGCAUAUGUGACCAUAUCACACACCAACUAAUAGAUUUUUUCUGGAAAGGACGAAACAAGGCUGAAGAAACAGGGGAGGCUUUCAGUCUGAGGAUUUAUUCACAGCUAUAAUUUGCUUGCUGAAACACCACUACCAGAGAGAUCAUUCAGGGUGGGCAAUUAGGCCAAUAUCAGGCUUGAUAUUCAAACUCUUGGAAUACUUGUUAGUGCCCUUCAUCAAGCAGCCUCCUCCUCUCCCCUCCUCAGUUCUCUUUUUGUUUCAAGGGCGUUGCAUAUGUGUUAUUUUAUUGUACUAGCAGCUUGGUGGCCUUUUCAUCCUCCUGGGAUUUUCUUUAAGGAACACUAUCUUUGCAAUGUUUUUAAAAAGAGCAGAAAAACACCUUCUUCCACCAACAGCUGUAGAGCGCACUGGUCCUUACUGGUGACAGGGAUGUGAGCCGAAGGGAGAGGCAGCAGCUUGCUGGAGGGUCUGGCGUCUUUCAGCCCUUCUGUCUAAGGAGGACGGAGACCGAGCAGCGAUAGGAAUUGUCAUUUUAUCUUUAUUUUAUCAUAAAGGUUGAGUGGUGCUUCUCCCUGAGCUUGAGGAAGGAAGAGAAGCUCAGUCGCUGCUCAUUUAAGGUGGGAUUCAUUGCUCUCUGUCGUAGCUGUAAGUUGUGAGAAUGCCACAGGCUGAAUGCUUCCCUAGUGGUGUGUUGAGUAGCCCUGAAACUGUCAGUAAUUCCUUGUACAUCCCUCAUAUUCAGACCUUUUCCCACCCCGCUUCAUUACUUUAAAGCCCUUUUUGAGCUGUACGCAGUUUGGGUUUGUGAAGGUGAGGAGAGAUUAGUUGGUGUUGUUUCAUUUUGUUUUGUUUCUUUUUUUUUAGGCCAAAGAAAACAGGACCAUGAUUACACACUUGAAAUUAGACUGCAUGCAACUGAACCCCCUUUUUUUCACUCUGUCCUGCAUGUUUCUUUCACUUGCAAUGUAUACUGGGUUACAAAAACUGUUCUGUGUUGUCAUCGUGCUGACAGCAGACAGACACUGCACUCCAUGUCUGGCAGACCUUCCAUGAUGAUUUUUUUAUGCGUACUUGUCAUUUUGAGAACGUAUUUUCUAGACGUUUGAGCUCAGAUUUUGCAUAUAUUUAAGCAUGCGCUUAAUUUAUGCACAUGAGUAGUUCCACUGAAAUUAAUACUGCAGAACACUGAGCAUAUGUGUAAGACAGGGUGGGAUUUUUAAGCUAAUUAGCUGCAGCUGUACUCCCAAAAAGUGACUAUGAAAUGGCACAGUGGGAUUCCACAGUUUAAAAUCCUUUACAGGUUAAAAUAAGUAAAUCCCUCUCGGAAGCUCAUAAUAGGAUCUGAAAAGUCAACUUACGUUCUGUAACCAAGAUUUUUGUCAUAAAACCUAAAAUAAGGAGAAAUCUAUUUACUUUGAGGAGAAACUUCUUUCCUUUGAGGUGCCAGAGCCCUGGAACAGGCUGCCCAGAGAGGCUGUGGAGUCUCCUUCUCUGGAGACAUUCAAACCCACCUGGACACAUUCCUGUGUGAUCUGCUCUGGUGAACCUGCUUUAGCAGGUGGGUUGGACUGGAUGAUCUCCAGAGGUCCCUUCCAACCCCAACCACUCUGUGACUCUGUGAUCUGGUUUCUGAGCGAGGGUUCCUUUCCACCCUUCAUUAGCAGCUCCAGGAGCAUCAGGUCCCCCGUGCUGGGGUGGUGGCUCUGCAGCACUUCCAGGAAGAAAAUGACGUUGCUGUUGGUGAAAAUAGGAGAUACCAUCCUUAAUCUGCACGGUGAGGAUGUUUUGAGAAUGAGGACCUGCCAUUCCCAUGUAGCUCAUCCUCUGACCACUCCAGCCCCCCAGUAUUCCCGUUGAGAUGUAGUGCUUUACUUAGUGCGUAUCUAUAAUGUAUAAUUGUUAUGGCAUAACGGACAUCUUAGUGCGUGUGUUACACUAAUAGAAGCACAUUAAAUACAGCAGAGACUGAACAAAAACAUGGGGCUUUAGUAUCCUCAUGAUAUCUGUGUAAAGUUGUCUUAAAGUAACUCCUUGGAGGUUUCACUUCAAUUGUUUUUUCAGUGAUGCAUUUGGUAUUGAUUUAAAUAAAUAGUCACUCACUGCCCUAGGACUGUAACCUGACGUUCCUGUUGAAAACACCAUCGCAGGCCACCUAUGAAAAAUGGGCCAUGGUUGGACUCGAUGAUCUCAAGGGUCUCUUCCAACCGAAAUGAUUCUAUGAUUCUACAAUAUUUCAGGAGUAACACCACUGUCUUUUUUGAGAACAUAAGGUCCAUGGGGCUCAGACCAGUAUAAACAGGGCAAGUAAUAUUUAAACAUGUAAGAUUUUUUGUCGAUAGAUGCUGUAUGAAGGAAAUUCCUGGCCACAUCCUCAACUGAUGUAAGCGAUCGGAGAUCAUCUCCAAUUAAAAGCUGAUACAGUGAAUUUUUUUACAAGCAGAAGUGUUAGAGGCCAAAUCUAGUCCGUGUGUCUGUGUACUCAAACUUUGGACAGACUUGGUUCUGAACUAUGGGCUUUGGCCUCAAAUGUAAAACUAUCCAGCAAAUGAAAGCAUCGGAUCUUAAAUGUUCUUUCCACAAGGUGCGUUUUCAGACAGAAUUAAAACCAGGCCCCAUUCAAUGACUCCUCUUUGUCUUUAUAAAACUAGAUAGUACUACCCAGCAUAGGUCAUUAGCUAAAGCACAGAAAUAGAAACAGAACUACAACCUUAAAACUUAGAGAAACCUGUUGUAGCUGUGGUCAAAGCCUAUAUAUCACCUUUAUGUGAUAAAAUACGGUCAUCACAGAAAAAUAUUUCAGGUGUUAUAGAAUCAUGUCCCUACUGUGGAAGUCACAGUUUGUGACUUUAAAAGCUGGUAUUUUCUAAAGGCUGGUUCUUGGGGAGAAAGGCUUCUUUCAGCAAAUACCGACCAUCUGGAGGAGAAACCAUCCUCUUCAAUUCUGAAUUCCCAGACAGAGCCCCUGUUACCUCAGCGGGAGUUUCUUUUGUGGGCUCAGCCCCUCCGACUCGCACUUUUCAGCACGCAGCGCUAAAGCAGAUUCUCUCAUGUCGUGAUGCUAUAAAUAAGAAUGAAGUUUCUGCCUUUCAUUAACAGCUUCUGAUGCACGGUGACGUAGACGAUGUCCUUUUAAUUUCCUUUCCAAAGCAGGAGCCUGCGAGCGAUACCCGGGGGCCCUCUGCUGAGAGCACCUUGCUCCUGCUGCUUGGAAAUUAAAGAUGAAAUCAGGGGAGCGCGCUUGCUGUGCCUGCUUGUCCUUUCUGACCCCUUCAGAUAAGGAACCGAGAUUUUAAUUGCUUCCUAAGUACAGCCAGAAGCAUGAAAAUAUUGACAUUGCAUGGAGAAAGGGUAUUUUGGAACCUGCUCUUUUGGAACAAAAGAACACAGAGUUUUCUGUGGCCUUGAUUUUUGUAAUUAAGACAAGGUAGUACAAACUGCCCCCUUCCUGGCAUAAAUGUACAUAAAUGCACAUAAACGUACAACUUUGCUUUCAGCAACAAAACAAGGCAAGAACAUCCCUUCCUCAACCUUAACAAGACUACAGACAUAGUUAUUAUAAAGCGCUUUGUGUUAUAAAAAAGUGCCCUGCGGAUAAAUUAAUCUUUAUUAUAUCCUAACUUGGGUGGGUUGUUUUCAUUUUGGUCUUUUCCCCCCUCCUUCCCAUUUCAGCAAUAGUGGAAGAGCUUUCAGCAAACCAUGUUCUUGGUACAGAGCACAGACGGAACCCUCCUCGAGGCUCCAUCGCAGCGCUCACAGGUCACGGUAGCGUUUCCAUUCUAUUGUACAUACUUUUGAAAUAUUCUAUUUAGUCGUAUUUUAUAGGAGUAUUAAAAAGCUAUUGGCUAAUCAAUCACUUUUACACUUGUAUCAUUCGGAGCUUAGUUAAAAAAAAAGAAAUAAAUACAGCAAACAGCAUUUUUGUGUUCUGCUUGCGUUGGCAUUUUGAAAAGCAACAUUUAAAGAGUUAAGCUGUAUUAAUAAACUGCCUGGUGUGGUGUACACCAGUGCUCUAUUAACUGGUAGAACUGAAAAUGCUUCAAUAUGUGACAUAGCCUAUUUUCUGGUUUAGCAGAAAUUAAGGAGGGGGGAAGUAGCGCUUUUAUGGGCAGGAUAUACCAAGUUCCAUUUUCAGCUGCUGCAGUGUCAGAGUUGAGUGAAUUUGCACUGGUUUGCUGUGGAUUUGGCUGCGUGCAUGCAAAAAAAAACCCCAAAAACCAUGUAGUGCAAUCCGUGGUGAGCAAGUGCACAUCCCUGACAGCUGAUGUGGUUAUUUCUAUGUGUUUUUGUAAUAAUAAUAAUAAUAACACAGUGGGCAUGAGGGCUUGAAUAAGGAACAUGGCAUCCAACCCCUGUCCAGGCUGGGAAAAAGCUUCUAUUAGCAAUUGAUUAUCACAAAAAUUGAAAGGAAUUGUCUGUAGUCACUUGGGUCAAUUAGUACCAGAUCUUGGAAAUGAGUUUGCUGAGUCUCAUGAAAUUCUUGCAUUUGAUCACUCAGACCUGCAUUUAGAAAACUGAUUUUUAUUUCUUUUCCUGGGUUCUUGGCAUAAAAGACUCAGUUUCCCAAAGGGUGAUGAUUGUUCACGAUUCUGAAAAUGAGAUCUGCUUAAGAAGUCUCAUUGGAAAUGUGAGCUCUGAGCUCACUGAUUCCUUUUGGAAAGACAGGCCUUAACAGUUGUGUUUUGAGCAAAAAAUAUCAUCUUCUUAGGGAGCACUUCAGAGGUAAAAUGCACUAUCAGAGGGCUGAUCUUUGCUGCUGAAGUUCUCCAUAAUAGAUCUAAUAAUCUAUUAUGAAGUUCUCCAUCUGAUGCAGUUGAAGUUUGGUGUUACCAACGUGCUGACUGUGGCUCUUCCCUCUCAGCACCUGGGAAAUGAGCUCUGAGGCUCCAGCCACACGUGGUGGAGAACUGGAUGUCCCAGAGGAUCUCAAACUGGGCUGUGGUUGAGGACGUGACUGUAAGUGUACACAAUAUUGAUUUAUACUGGGCAUUUGUGCUUGCAAGUGAUAAUGUGCACCCGAACCCUGCACGGUGAAUAAUGGGAAUUAAAAGAGUGUUUCUCCCAGCUGCAGCGGGGGCUCAGACCUUGGUUCCUUACAGCCAAAGCUCCCCAUGUCCUUUCAGUACUUAAAAGGGGCUGAUAAGAAAAAUGGGGACAGACUUUUUAUCAGGGCCUGUUAUGACAGGACAACGGGUGAUGGUUUUAAACUAAAGGGCGGGAGAUUCAGGCCAGACAUGAAGAAGAAAUUUUUUACACUGAGGGUGGUGAAACCCUGUCCCAGGUUGGCCAGAGAGGUGGUGGAUGCCCCAUCCCUGGAGACAUCCCAGGCCAGGCUGGACGGGGCUCUGAGCAACCUGAUCUGGUGAAGAUGUCCCUGCUCAUGGCAGGGGUUGCACUGGAUGAGCUUUGGAGGUCCCUUCCAACCCAAACUAUUCUAUGAUUCUUUGGUUCAUCACCAACAGUCCGGCUGUUGCUGCUCCUUGUGCGGCUUCAAUUUUGUCCUGAAGAGUUAAUCAAAGCGAGAGAAAAGGUGAUUUAUGAAGGACAUGUUGGGAAGUGCAGAAGAGGCUCCAGCUGUGUCGUUGGGUCUGUCGUCACCAACUCCCUGUUGUUGGGUCCAUCUUCUUGAAGUGGCUUCAGCAGCUCACAGGGGUUGAGUCCCUCCGAAUUUUUCUGCCCGAUGGUGAGAUCCGCGGUCAGGUUGGUGGUACGGACAGACCUACUGGAGCAGCUCGCUGAAGUGAAGGCAACAUCUGUCCCAGAGCUGGAACAAGCUUCCUAGGGAAGAGGUCAUUUAAAUAGGUUAUUAUGGAUAUAUAUAUAUAUAUGGAUAUAUAUAUGGUAAAAGAGCAUUCAGAUCGCCUCCUCUGCGGAAUCUUUACUAAAUUUACUUGUGUUCAUUCUUUGGUGGUGAACAUUCUAGCACUAAACAUUUAGCCAUUCUCUCACAUACUAGUACGAAUUUAACACCCUUGUGUUUCCUGGAUUACCCUCUGCCCAAGUAAUCGUAUUUAGUUCUGGUUUGCCAAAAAAGCAAAAUGAGAUACGGAUUAAAGUCCCAGAUUUUAUACUUAUUUAUACUCAUCCUCAUGCAAUGCUCACAGAUAAAUAGUUAUGCUAGGUAAAACAAAUAAAAUACAAUUUAAAACCAAGCCAAACAAACAGAAACACACAAAUCCCAAACCACCAAACGCUGCUUUUCCUGCUUCAGCAUCUCCCCUGGGCCAGCACAGCAGCUUUCAGAUAUUCUGGACUCCUCUUAAAAAGGAGAUAUUUUUUUCUAAUGUGAGCUGUGCUCUUUUUUAAAAAGGUUGAAGUGUUGUAAAAGCUCUUUCCCAAAUGUCUAUUUGAAGCAUCGAGUGUAUUUGCUUUGGCUUGGCGGGGAGCUUGCCCGGUUAGAGGUAGAACCCGCGAUGCCUCCGGUGCAGAGAUGCUCAGAAAGCAUUACAAAAUAAACUUAAUUUGCCUUUUGUCAAUUUGUUCAGUCGCUACACAGAUCUUCUGGGGCUAUAGCAAGAGUUAUACAUGGAUCCUUUUACUACAGGACUGUGUAGCGAUGCAGGAGCUACCGAGAUCAGGAUUGGGGACAUUUGUUAGUGAGAUUGUUGCUGGGAAAGCUGUGAAGUGUCAGAAGCCUCAAAGUUACUGAAAAAUGAAGAUAUUCAGAACCUUAAGACAAACUUGAGGAUUUAAAACCAUGUCAUUGAGCGCUGGAUUAAGAAGGGCCUGUCUGCUGUCCCAUAGUCAGGUGCUUCCUCACCCACCUCGGUAAGAGGAUCCAGCAAGAAGGAUUAAACUUCUCUAUUAUUAUACACCAGAAAAUCAGCCUUGUUUUAAGGAAUUAUUGUAACCGAUCGUUUACCUCGUACGAGGAAGUUGUGUCUCCAUUAGUUGUCACACAGAUGUGUUCUCCUCACUAUUCGGUGAACGAAGGUAUAUGUUUUGAAUCCAUUUUAGAGCAGAAUUCUUGUUCAGAACCUUCUGAACGAAACACCAUCUGUAACGACUGACGGAUCCUUCAGUGUCCACUUGGCAAGUUGUCCUGCUGUGGGUAGCUGCAGAAAUAUUUCAUGUAUGUUGUUGUAGACUGAAAAACAUUACUCAUGUUUUCAUUCGAGUGUCUGCAUUUCUGACACAGAUGUGACAUAUCUGUAUAUACUAUAAAAUCAAUACUAUUUUUAACCACAUAUUUUGUACAAAUAUUCACAUUAGCUCUGUACUUCAGUGAGAAUCUAUUAUGGUAUUAAACAUUUUGGUGGAAUUAGCAAA